CCAACAUUUAAAAAAACAGGGGGAACAAAAGAAAUAGGAAGGCGGCGGAGCGGAAGAGGUGAAGAAGCAAAGAAGAAGAAAAAAAUGCAGCCAGAGGAUAGUAAUUCGGAACAGCUGUUGUAUUCGUUGCUGGCCGGAAACGACGUCUGGCGGGGGGGGGGGGGGAACGCGACGUCGAGCUUCUGUGGCUCAUCGACGACGUCGUAUUACCCGCUGGCGAUCUCAGGCAUCGGAGAGACGAUGGCUCAGGACAGAGCUCUCGCCGCUCUGAGGAACCACAAGGAGGCCGAGAGGAGGAGGAGAGAGAGGAUCAACUCCCAUCUCAACAAGCUCAGGACCCUUCUCUCUUGUAAUUCCAAGACAGACAAGGCGACAUUGCUUGCCAAAGUGGUUCAACGAGUCAAAGAACUGAAACAGCAAACCCUAGAGAUAUCUGAAGCCGAAACCCUUCCCUCCGAGACCGAUGAGAUCAGCGUCUUACACUUUGGAGACUGUUCCAGCGACGGUCGAAUCAUCUUCAAAGCCUCUCUUUGCUGCGACGACCGGUCCGAUCUCUUACCGGAUCUCACAGAGAUACUGAAGUCUCUUCAAAUGAAGACACUUCGAGCCGAAAUGGCGACGGUCGGCGGCCGGACAAGGAGUGUUCUGGUCGUAGCCGCCGACAAGGAACACGGCGUCGAGUCCGUUCAUUUCCUCCAGAACGCUCUCAAGUCUUUGCUCGAGCGAUCGCGCAAGUCGUUGAUGGAACGUUCGGGUGGUGGCGGUGGGGAUCGCUCAAAACGACGCCGUGCUUUGGAGCACAUCAUCAUGGUCUAAACCGGGACUAGGGUUUUGUCAUAACUAAUCAAAAAAAUCCUCUUUUUUUUUUUAAAAAAAAAAUUAUGCUUUGUGAUCUCCAUUAGUUUAAGCUGUGUGUGAGCAUAUUCUGUAAGUAGGUUUGGUUGGUGUGUUGUUUUAAGAAAACGGAAAUAUAUAUAUAUAUAUAUAUAUAUAUAUAUAUAUAUAUA